AUGGGUCUCAUCAACAUCAACACAGUAAUUGGCCUCCUCGCCGUCGGGGCCAAUGCUCUCCCCCAGAGCAUCCCAUCAGCUUCUGCCCCGGCGGCAGGAGCGGAAGCAUCUUACACCGCAAACCCAAACGUUGGCCCAGGAGGCAACAACUUCAAAGACUCAGCUCACUUCCGAGUCUAUGCAGGAUCUGCUGAAGCGACCGACAAAGCCCUUGAGAUGCUCGAAGGUGCAUUCGAAUGCUUCGUCGGAACACUCAAGUGGCGUUCUCCCGGACUCUCAUUCAACGACCAGACCGAUAGCGGCCCGCUGCACAAGACCAAUGUUUACACCGUCGGAACUUUAAGCGGAGGGGCCGCUGGUGUGAUGCACUCUGAUGCUGAUAGCGGAUCGGCUUGGCUGGAGGUUGUUAACGAGUAUCUCGCUGUUCCAGGUGUGACUGUUCACGAGUACGGUCACGGACUGCACUAUCAUCAAAAAACCUGGGUCGAUCAGACGAAUACUGGCGCUUGGUGGGAGACUCUCGCCAAUUGGGUAGCCGACACGUACAAAACAUCCGACAUAUGCGCCGGCGCACGAAAAGCCCAUAACCAAGAGGCUUAUCCCACCGAGAUUGAACUAAAGAAGCUCCUUGGUGACUCUCACCAGGUCAUCGUCGAUGGUACCCCAGAGUCUGGUAACUACUACCAAGCCUGGCCUUUUCUGGCGUACUUGACAAACAACCCCGACGACUUUGCAGGUCUAGGUCAAGAUACCGUUCGUCAGCUGCAGAUUCAGUAUGAGAAGGACAGCAACGAAACUCCUCUUCACACGCUGAGCCGCGUGUCUACGAAUGCCACAGUCGGUGAUAUCGUUGGUCGAUACUGGGCGCGCAUGGCUUACGUCGACAUCGGCCAUCCUUCCGCACAGGAAACUUUCUUCCAGCAACGCGCGGAGAUCAAGUUUUCCCACGUCGAGCCCUCUGGUGAUGGUUACAAGCCCACAGCUGACCGCGCCCCUCGAUACAUGGGUGCCAAUAUCAUUCCUCUUCAAGUGACUGGUACCCAAAUCGGAGUCAAGGUCGCUUCGGAGGGCGAGUUUGUCGCGACUGUUGCUGUGUACCGUAAAGGUGAGAAGACUUCUUAUACAACUCUUGUCAACGGUGCUGCAACAGUUGCUGUUCAGUCUGGGGAUGAAGUGAGUGUUGUUGUUGCGAACGCUCCAGCUAAGCCUAUCAUGUACAAUGGAUUCGAGUUGACUCCUGAGGUCUCUGAGGGACUUGAUUACACUCUUAGCCUUACGGGUGCUACUCCUCAGGUUUAG